AGCACUGAUGGUAACUAUGCCAUCAAUGGCAACUACCAUGGUAACAGGGCUCAACAGCCAAUCAAAAUCAAGGUUUCCAUGGUAGUUACCAUUGAUGGCAAAGUUACCAUCAGUGGUAAGUUUGUGCAACAGUGUCCUGUUCCGAUAUCGAAGUGCCCACUUGUGUCUGUACAAUUCGUCUACACAUCUGCUUGUCCGUACGACUCCAGUUGAAAAAUGUCUGCUGCUAUUUCUAAAAUACAACCUCUGACAGAAGAUCAUGAACGCUACGAAGAUGUGUUUUACAAUGCUUUCUACAAGGUGGCUCAGAAAGAUGUCGUUGAUGAAAAGGUGAUUCAAUAUUUUGAUGCCACAUUGCUGAAGAGGCUUACUGAUGUAUUUGGGUUUGGUGAAGAGCUCAGUCUAUUAGGUGUAGGAGUCGGAGAAGGCCCGCUCGAAUUUCACUUUCUGAAGAGUCUUCAAUCCCACUACUCAUCCAUAUGUAAUGUUGCAGUAGACCCUAAUGAAGGCAUGCUACAAACAUUCAAGGGUAAAGUUGCUACACUGAAUUUUGAUGACAAAUCGUCUUGUCAUUGGUUCACUGGUCCGUUGUCACAAUUCGUUGCUGAAAGCCCCUUGGCGGGAAACAAGUACAACCUCAUCAGCUCCAUACAUUCACUCUACCACACCGGUGACUUUGAGACGACCUUCACCCAACUAGCAACCAUGAUGAAAGAAAAGGGUCUCAUGAUCAUCGUUUGUAAAAACGAUAUAAACCUGAUCUCGAAAACAUUCCACAAAUUACCUUGGCUGACCGAAAGCACUCAAUCAAAUGAACGACUUUCUUCAAAGAAUGUUCGAGAGUUUGCACAAAGUCAAGGAUAUGAUGUCAUCACUGUUGUUAUACCACAUCAUUGGGACAUCACCGAAGUGUUUGAUGACCAGUCAGACUUUGGAAACAAACUCCUCGACUUCUUCACCAUGGCGGCGUACUUUCGUCAGACGGCACCAGCUGAGUUGGUCGAUGAUUUGAUGAGCUUUUGGCGUUCUAUUUCGACCGAAGAUGAAAAUGGACGUAUUGUAGCACCCGCCCAAGACGAAAUACUUCUCAUCUCAAAAUAAUUUACUGUCAUCGUCCUUCAGAGCACUUAAAAGUAUUUUGUUUCAAAUAUCCAGCAGGGUCUAUCACAAUUGCUUUCUUUUUUUAGCGCUUGCUAGUUACCUUUCUACCACGCAUUGGUGCUCAAGCCGCUCCAAUAGCGCUUUGGAUAGGACACUGGAUGCGACAUUAUAUAUACUUCCAUUUUAAAUAUUUUACAAUCGAUGUAGAUGAGCGAGUUUAAGGUAGGGGAGUCCAAAUAUGAGGGAAGGUUGGGGAGGGGGGGGGGGUGCUGUAAGACUUCUUUUGAAGAAGAAAAAACCGAGAACCGGGGACGAAGUCCAUGUAGUAAUUUUGUAUCCGCCAAUUCAAGAAAAAAGAACAUCAGGGAGUUUCAAAUCAUAUUUUCUCAGGAUAUAGGAGAAACUUCCUGUGAGAGUAUACUCCCUUCGUUUGCAAGGAAACUCUUAUACAUGUAAUAUGAUUAACAAGCUGAUCAUUAGGAGGAGAAUCGAUACAUUCUCGGUUUACUAUAAAGUUCUGUUAAUUAUUUUCUUCUGAGUUAUUAUUUUUAAUUUGUAUUUUCAUGUACAUCAUAACUAAUGUUUUAUUUCUUUUCUUUUAUUCUUAGUUUUAUAUGAUACUCAUGCCUAUUAUGUUUUCCUUUAUUUUUAAUUGAUUUGUUUAUUUUUUAUGUUUUAGCUUUGUUAGAUUUUGUUACUGACAUUUGUUUGUAUUAUAAAUCUUAUAUCUUUAUUCAAUUCACAUAUUUUUCAUGUUUUAGCUUUGUUAUAUUUUGUUACUGACAUUUGUUUGUAUUAUAAAUCUUAUAUCUUUAUUCAAUUCACAGACUCUUUGUUAACCAGCCGUUUAGGCUGAAGCGAGUUACCGUGAUUAAAUAAAUAAUAAAAAUGAAAUGAAAUCAAAAAA